GCAGCAAAUCAGGAGGUGAAUAUGCUAAGAGCUGAACUGGCUUCUACAAAUAAAAGAUUGAGUCAAAUAAGCCUUCAAGACGACAUGGGCAAAAUUGACGCUUGCACACAAGUUGACAAAAAACUUCUUAAAGAUUCACCAGGAGAAAAGUCAGAUUCAGACAAAGAAGACAUGGAGGCGACUGUUCAGACUUUGGCCAGUGCAAAUGAGCAGCUUGUGGAAGAUUAUAAACAUUUACUUGAAACACACGAUAUUCUAAAGUGUGCGCAUGAAGAGUUAAAGAAUGGGCACGAAAGCAUGAAGACAGAGAACUCAAGACUGGAGACUCAGCUCCGCACUCUCCGCAAGGACCUGGAUGACCUGCGGCAAGUCAAGGUGGAAGGUGCGGCUGCAGAAAAAAAGCCCAGCUAUGGGGAAUUGAAACUGGAGCUGAUUCAAACAAGACAGGAGUUGAACAGAGCCAAGGAAGUCUUACAAGGGAUGAAAAGUGACCGGAAGAGGCUGAAAGGCGAAAAGCUUGAUCUGCUGAGCCAGAUGAAGCAGCUGUACACAACUCUUGAGGAGAAGGAGACAGAGCUGAGGGAUUUCAUCAGGAACUACGAACAGAGAGUAAAAGAGAGCGAUGAUAUGAUCAAACAGGCCAUGUCUGCUUUGUCUCUCCAGCUGGCCAAGGAGAAGGAGACCCUGGAGCAUGAGAAAUGGGACAUCAUCACUAAGGCCAAGGAUGCCACGGAGAGGGCCAUGUUCCUGCGGGCGCAGCUGGACACUAAGGACAUGCACAUCAAGGAACUGCAGGGGGAGCUCUCUGAGGCGAAAGAUCAGCUUUCAAGUCAAGACAGCCAAGUGUCUUCAUCGACCCCACCCACCACAGAUGACAAUCUGGACAGCAUAAUGGACGACAGUAUUAUCAUUGACGACGAGAACGGAUUCUCUACCAUGGAGGAAUCGUCAGUUUUGAAUUGCAGCUUCAGCACUCCCCAGCUCAACACGCAAGGCUUGUCCCACAGCUCACCCAACAACUCAGACUGGAACGACCCCAACGGGCCCUUGUUCAAGUGGUUCACGCAGAGCUCGGACUUUGAGAUUCCCGUCCUGGAGCCGAAACCCAGCAAGAAGAAGAAGAAAACUUUUGGUGGCUCUUUGUCGCGGGUGUUCAGUCGUGGUCGCAUGAGGCGCUCCAUCGCAGCACCCCAUGCUGAAAGCGUUAUUGUCGAAGACACAAGCUCCAAGCUGUGCGUGCUGAGCCAGGAGAACUACCAGGAGAAGCUGAGCAGCAUCGAGCACAUGGUGGGCGUGCACAUGAAGGACUGGCGGGCUCACCAGGUGCUGGCCUGGCUGGAGAUAACCCUGGCCAUGCCCAUGUACGCGCAGAACUGUCUGCUCAACGUCAAGAGUGGACGGGUUCUCCUGGGGCUGAGUGACUCUGAGCUGAGCUCUGCCCUGGGUGUGACCAACACCAUGCACAGACGCAAGCUGAGGCUGGCCAUAGAGCAGCACAGGAAUCCCAACGACAUAAAAUAUCCCAAGGCCAGUGAGAUGGAUCCCACGUGGGUUGCCCACCGUUUUCUGCCUGACCUCGGCCUGCCUCAGUACACAGAGGUGUUUGAGGAACAGCUGUGCGACGGGCCCAUCCUCAACACGCUCACGCGGCGGGACCUGGAGAAGCACUUCUCCGUGCACCGCAAGUUCCACCAGACGUCCAUCCUGCACGCCAUCGAGCUGCUGAGGAGGAUUGACUUCAAUAAGGAGAAACUGUACCAUCGUCGCAACCUCAGCGAAGAACGGGACAAUGACCUGAUUGUGUGGACGAACGAGCGACUCAUCAAGUGGACCAAGUCCAUCGAUUUAGGAGAGUACAGUGAGAACCUGGUGGAGAGCGGCGUGAACGGGGCCAUCAUGGUUCUGGAGCCGUCCUUCACCCCCGACACCUUGUCCUCCGCGCUCGGGAUCCCCCCGUCCAAGUCCUACAUCCGGCGCCACCUGGCCACAGAGCUGGAGAGCGUCCUCAAGCCUGCCAGGUCUUACCAAAAGGGCCUCAAACUUUUAAGAGCCGCUCUGGAUCACAGCGAGCCGAAGGUGAAAACUGGAGAGAACGGAGCUGCAGGCAAGCAGUUCAUGAGAGGGCGCAAAGGAUCCAACGAUGACGGCAAGAAUAGACUGAGCUUCAAAGGCUCUCUUGGUCGUGCCUUUGGCAAGAAAGUCAAGGAUGACUUGAAAUUGAAUUUCGACACGGAACCGUCCAAAUCUAAAAUCUCCGCCCCUAUCCCUAUUCAACACUUGAGCCUGUCCUCACUCGACACGGACUCGGAGCUCAUGAAGAAAGGUUUCUGUCUGUCCAACUCACUGAAGGAACAGAAGAGCCCGGCGUCGCAAGUCACAUACAGAACCAGCGCCGACCAUUCCGAGUCGGAGUCUCAUCAGUCCAAGUCUGCCAAGCGCAAGGCUCUCGCUUACUCCGACCAGACUUUGUACAAGACGGCGCUGUCAGAACUCAUCAGCAAAAACGAAUCUCUGAACAAUAUCGAUCACGACGUCGCGUCCAACAUCAACAAAAACGUGGAUGUGUCUCAGAAUCUGAACAACCUCAACGUGGUGGACAGGAAAGAGGAAAAGGAUAAGUCGUCGGUGCCCUCGUCGUCACAGGAGACGCUGACGGAACAGAGCGCCGGCUGCAGCAACAACCUGGAGAAGAACAACAACAAGAAAGACAAGGAAGCGUCAGCGCAGCAGAAACCCAUCAACACCAAUCCGCAGCCUACCACCACUGGUGCCCCCACCUUGGUCUCGUCCUCCGUCACCUUCACCAGUAAACCCACAAUGUCGUCAGCUUCUGCUACAGUCGUUUUGGAGAAAAAAUGUGCAAUAAAAAUGGAGCAGCCUUCGGUGGCGUUUGACAAAGCUGUGGUGACCAGCAAGCCGCCCCUGAGGCCUACGGUCAGCGCUGACCCCAGCAUGAGGUCGUUCAGCGUGGAGGCGCGGAGUUCACAGGGUGACGCUGCAAUGAAGGAGAGUAUGAGGAAGAAACGGGGCUCACUCAAAGAUGUUUUUCCCCAGACCACAUCUGUGUGAUUGCUAGGAUUCUGGUGGUGCUGUCACAACUGUUGUUUUGUAUUGAGGAUAGAGAUGGUUGAAGUAAUAGUAUUAUAGUGACCUCUGACCCAUGAAGCAUUAUAUUCGUGCAGUGCAUGUGAGGUGAUGUAUGUACGUUUGGGUGCGUCUUAUGUAUGUGAAUAUGUAGAAAUAUUGAUUUUAGUAUGUUGUAAUGGCAAAUGCCAGCUGAUAAAUUGAAAUAGGGGACAUCGUUUCAUUUUAUGGCUGGGGGAUUAAAAUGCUACUCAAGUUUUAUGGACUGGUCUUGUGUUGAAGAGCACUAAUCGUUGAUAUUUCAUUAGACAGCGGUGAUUCAUUUUUAUAGAUUCCCUUCCUUUUUAUGAUUCUGUGUUUCAAUGAGUCAGUAUUGAUAUUGCUUGAGCUCCUGUCAAGCCAAGAAAGGAUGUCUUUGUCAGUUGUCAACAGACAACAAGAACCUCUUUUAUUAUGUAAGAAGGUGCGGUGAGUGACAUUCAAUCAGUCUGUGUGUUUAUGUUAAUUUUUGGAAAAUUCCUGUCCGUGAAACCUUCUGCCAGUUUGUUUUUGUGUCCCCAUGUAACUCUAUCAUUUCUGACUUGUCUUUGGUCACUUUCCCACCACCCCUUAGCUGUGGACUGGGGGAGAGACAUCACUGCUUAAGAUGGUUGGGCUCGUUUCCUACUUUAUCGAGUGUCUUUUUCCUUCAAUGAGGAUAUUGUAUCCUUCCUAGAACUAGCAGAGUCAGAAUAAUGAUGUUAAUAAUAAUAAUAAUAAUAAUGAUAAUAGAUUGCUUUUCUAUAGCAUAAAUUCCAGCUCAACAGCAAGCUCUGUGCACUUUACAACAGCCUGCUUCCUAUAUCAUCCUAUCGGCAGGGGGGGGGGUGUAAGAUAUGAACUAUAGUUAUAGACUGGGAAGUUACAAAUAAAUUGUUGACAUUAGCAGAGGGUAUUACUGAUGGGUCUUGCUUUUUUCUUUUUUUUUUUUAAAUCUUCUUAUCUUACC